GUCGCGCGACUAGUAGUUUUUUGAAGAUGAGAGGUGCAAACACGCAAAAAGUUGUCUUGUUUGAAGUCGGGGAGGAUGUUUUGGACCGUGUGGCCAAAUCCCUCAAUUACCCUUCAGUCAAAGCGCUAAAAAUCGACGUUUUGGUAUUAAAAGAGUGGAUGAAAACGCAGCCCUACCUGCCGGAAAUUAUGGCCGAUAAAAUGAUUGAAAAUUUUCUCAUCUUAAAUAAGGGCAGUAUCGAGUUGACGAAAGAAAAAAUCGAUAUGUAUUAUACCGUGCGUUCGCUUUUACCUGAAGUUUUCGACGAAAGUAACCCCAAGUUGCCCGAAAUGAAAAAAAUACUGGAUGCAAUUCAUGUUGUAGCUUUACCCAAACUCACCAAAGAAAUGUACCGAGUGUCUUUCAGUAAAAUACGCAAUACAGACCUCUUGGAAAAAACUGAUUUCAAUAAAGUGAUUGCACAUUUGGUGAAUUGUCAAGAAAUUCGACUUUCGGAAGAUGUAGCGUUUGGCGAUAUCUUUAUUCUUGAUGCCGCAGGUCUUUCGUUUAAUGUGAUGUUAAAAUUUACGCCCAGUAUUUUGUACAAAACUUUGAUUUUAAUAUAUGAGCGACUUUUUUCGAUGCGACUUAAAGCAGUCUACGUUUUUAACGCCCCUCCUUUUGUCGAAAAAAUUGUGACGAUGGUUAAAGGCUUUAUAAAACCAAAAAUGUUCGACAGGAUACAUAUUUAUGCAGAUAGCAGUUUUUUGCUUAAAUGUUUCGAAAAAGAACAAAUUCCAACUGAUUACGGGGGCGAAGAGAAAUCUCUUUGUGAAUUACAAGAAUUGGGCAAGUUGAAACGAGCCGAAUACCAAGAACGUUUUGACAAAUUGGACAAGUUGCGAGUCAAUGAAAAACUGAGACCUGAAAAACUGAAAAAUGAUGAAAAUUUGGGCUUUUAUGGCAACUUUAAAAGACUUGAAAUCGAUUGAGGUUUAACUGGUUGCCUAACUAAGAUAAAUUAUAUAAUAAUUUUUUGUUUUAUCAUAAUUAACAUAGAAUGUAGGUAUAAAAAAAAAUUUGUUGUUUUCGUA